CUUGAAAGAAAGUGAUGAAAUUCGGUCCAAACGCGUGGAAAAGCGUAAUUUAACAAUUAUUAUUUUUGAUUUUGUGUAAUGUUGUCUAAAAAGCCAAAACCAGCAUUCUGGAAACUUGUCAAAGGCAGUGCAAAGGUUUUGUUUAUUGCGGAAGCUGUUUGUUUUGCGGCCUCCUACGGAGUUUAUUAUCGCAUGAAUACCAAUCGGGAGUUCCGCCAGUACAUUAACGAAAACUUUCCAUUGGCUUUGGAUUAUUUCUACAAGGUGGGCGAAGUUUUGGGCAACAGCAACCAGCGCCAAAUUGAUGCAGCUGUCUGGCGUGCCGAGAGCGAGAAACGAGAAUAAAUUCCUAAUAUAUCGGUUUGCGCAGGCGGUGGUGGCUACGGACUAUUGCGACUUACCGCGCCGUCAGAAGAGAAACUGGAGCGGAUAAGAGCGACCGGUGGCCCAGCACAUUUAACCGAAGAGGAACGUAAAAAGCUACUGUUUAUGCAACGUAUGCGUGACGCUGCUACCGGACAGGCACCACCAAUUUACUUGCAGAAAAAAGAAAA